AUGAAUAUAACAAUACUUGAUGAUUAUUCUGAUACAAUUCGUACACUUGAAUGUUAUCGUAAAUUAAAUAAUCAUAAUGUAACAAUAUGGAAUGAUCAUGUACAAGAUAUAGAUAUACUUGUUCAACGACUUAAAAAUACUGAUGUAUUAGUAUUAAUUCGUGAACGAACACAUAUAAGUGGUGAUCUUCUUAAACAAUUACCUCGUUUAAAAUUAAUUAGUCAACGAAGUGUUUAUCCACAUAUUGAGAUUGAUGCAUGUAAUCGUUUAGGUAUUAUUGUUUCUUCUAAUCAACAUACUGAUAGUCCAUCAUAUGCUACUGCUGAACUUACAUGGGGACUUAUACUUGCUGCUAUGCGACAAAUUCCUCAACAAAUGGCUGCACUUAAAAUAGGUAAAUGGCAAAUUGGUAUUGGUAGUACAUUACGUGGAAAAACACUUGGUAUUUAUGGUUAUGGAAGAAUUGGAAGUACAGUUGCAAAAUAUGGUGAAGCAUUUGGUAUGAAUAUACUUGUUUGGGCACGUGAACCUUCACUUUGUCGUGCACGUAUUGAUGGUUAUGCAACAGCAAAUAAUAAAUCUGAAUUUUUCAAAACAUGUGAUGUUCUAUCACUUCAUAUGCGUUUAGUUGAUGCAACACGUUCUAUGGUUACUGCUAAAGAUCUUGAUUUAAUGAAAUCAACUGCACUCAUUGUUAAUACUAGUCGAGCAGGAUUAAUUGAACCAAUGGCAUUGGUUAAUGCAUUACGUUCUGGUAGACCUGGUAUGGCAGCUGUUGAUGUAUAUGAAAAUGAACCAAUGAUUGAUACUAAUAAUCCUCUUCUUACAAUGGAUAAUGUUAUUUGCACACCUCAUAUUGGUUAUGUAUCAAUUGAUGAAUAUGAAAUUCAAUUUUCGGAUAUUUUUCAACAGAUUUUAGCCUAUGUUGAUGGUACGCCUAUUCAUGUUAUUAAUCCACAAGUUCUCAAUCAUUAA